CUACGAACAAGUUUCCCGCCGCUCAUACAACCAUGACUCUCUUCUCAAGAGGGGCGAGGGCUGCAGCUCGUCCCUUGAGACGAUCACUACAGCACCAAACACGCAGAAAUGCCGGCCACGAAGCUGGCCACGGCCAUGGACACGGUCAUACGGGUCCUAAAGAGAGCGCUUUUCAUGUCGAUAUUGGAUCAGGGAACGAGUCGCUAAGCAGAGGAUUCUACUUCAGCCUGGCCCUCAUCCCAUUUGCGUAUGCAGUGUAUUCGAUUUCGAGUUCUCCCAACGAUAACGCUAUUUCCCGCCUCGUAAAACAAUACGAAGACAACAAGAAAGCCGACGAGACGAACAAUGUCGUUUACAUGACGAUGCUGGAGCAGGCAGCCUCGGAUCGCCAGCUAUUUGCUGCGACCGCGCGUGACGAUAGUGGCCCGACACUUCGAUAUCCAGAAUCUUUCAAUGUCGGUUCUCCCUAUAACGUAUCGGCCGGACGUGGCUCCGCAGACCUAUCUGCGCUUGCGAAGUUCUAUCAAGAGGAGAGUAAAGAGGCUGAGAGAGUGAGGGUUGAAAGAUUGAAAAGAAAUAAUGGUGUCUCAGCGUACGAUUAAGACAGCAGACAUAGCAGGGUGCGCCCAUCAUCGCAUUGUAUAUAUGGUGAACUUCACAAAUCGACGAUACAAAAUGAAAGCUACAAGACCGCCAUGGUACUCUUACCAUGCGGCUUCUUCCGGGCUUAUUCUCAAGAUUCUGCUUCCCAGUAGCACCAUUCAGAGGCUGCGGAAAGACUUUAAAUGUGAUGACGGCACUUGCAAUAUUGCUAACGAGUUAUUUAGUCUGCCAAAAUGGUUCAGAAAACAUCGCUAUCUUGUAUUUUGCAAUAAGUACAAAUUAAGGCGACUUUUACAGACUUGGUGGAACAAUCUUUCUGCUCGUUGACAAAACACGUUCCUUGCCGCUCAAUGCAAUAUCACUCAAAGUUUGGGAAGCUCCUCUGGUUCUCCUACGAGUGCCAGGAACGAAUCAUGAACCUCUUCGGUCAGAUCACUUGCUUGCAAACUCCUUUGUCGCUUUGCAAAGGCACGUCGUGAACACUCUCUCG